AUGGCUUACGCUUUCCUGCCUUAUUUACUUUUCGGCAUCUACUUGCUUCUGUGUCCCUUCUUUCAGGUCAGUGACCCCAAGCAAUCUCGAGCAUUUAUGCCAUCCUCCUCUACAACGGGCAAGCUCUCUACGAUGAGUGCAUACAGGGCGCUGGACUCCAGUCAAAAUACAGCUAACUCUAUAAAACGAAUUACCGGGGGCUUGACCGAUCUUAAGCUUACCCCCUCUAGUGAAAUAGGGCAGCGAAACUUAGCCCGUGGUGGCCUCGAGACGAAAAGCGUAAGCAACUCGCAGUCUUCCUCUGACUCUUCAUCCCCUUGCGAACCAUCCCCGAAUUCCGAGUUUUCCGCACGAAAUCAGGCCGCGUCCUCUGAACAAAUCAAGUCCAGCUGUCAUGUUUCUCUUGGCACUGCACCCUCUAUUUCCGCCUCUAACUCUUUGUCUUGGCUAAGGCCGACAGAGGCUUCCAGCUUGAGUCCUACGGUGAAAAGAAAGCCAGAGUCCCCGGUGUGUUGUAAAAAGGAUGAUCAAAUCAACAGUAUGAAUGGAUAUGAACCCGACUCUGGUCCGUUUGAUUCUUCCCGAUCUGGCCGGUUGGGUCUUUCAAUUAUUACCACGGUCUCAAACUCGGUUCCGAGUUAUAUUUAUCCAGCUUCCCAUUCGUCAGCACAGUCCUCUCCUGGUGCUGCCGACUCAAGCACUCCCUGUGGUCCGACCGGUUCACACGCGUUAUCCUGGCUGACUGGGGUACGUGACAGGCGCAGCCAGUCAUCGCGGCCGCUGCCUACAGUACUCGGCGGAUCGUCUCCAUCGUCGCCGUCGGCAGUGAUGACAGCCACGUCGACCUCAUCCUCGAUUUCCUCUGUCGCUGUUGAGCUUGCUAUCGCUAAACAGUUGGUGAAUAUGAAUAAUAGCACGGAUCGAGUAAAUGGGGAGCGUGAGGGCAGCAACACCGGUGGUGGCGGAGGGAUGACAAAUGACUUGCCGGAUUAUGUUGCUGCUUCCUUGAACAGUGGCUGUGGUCUGGUAGGAUUGAACAACCUCGGCAACACAGUGAGUUAA